UGUGUGAAGGCAGACGCUUCCGUGAAUGAAGACUUUGAGUAAAACGAACGCACACUAGCUCUACUUGACUAUGUAGGAUUUACGGAAGAGUCGUCCCAGGCGUGGCUGAGGAACUUCCGUCUUUUACAGCUGAAAAAUGACAGCGACUUUGCGCCCAUACUUGAAUGCUGUGAGGGCCACCCUGCAGGCAGCCCUCUGCCUGGAGAGCUUCUCCUCUCAGGUGGUGGAGCGUCACAACAAGCCUGAGGUGGAGGUCAGGAGCAGUAAGGAACUGCUACUUCAGCCUGUGGUGAUCAGCCGCAAUGACAAGGAGAAGGUUCUCAUUGAGGGAUCCAUCAACUCCGUCAGAGUCAGCAUCGCCGUCAAGCAGGCCGACGAGAUCGAGAAGAUCCUUUGCCACAAGUUCAUGCGCUUCAUGAUGAUGAGGGCGGAAAACUUCUUCAUCCUGCGGAGGAAACCCGUGGAGGGUUAUGAUAUUAGUUUCUUGAUUACCAACUUCCACACGGAGCAGAUGUACAAACACAAGCUGGUGGACUUCGUCAUCCACUUCAUGGAGGAGAUCGACAAAGAGAUCAGCGAGAUGAAGCUGUCCGUUAACGCCAGAGCUCGUAUUGUUGCUGAAGAAUUCCUCAAGAACUUCUGAUGACAGUGUUCGGUCCUCGGUCCAGCACGCGCCUGGAAACGCUCUCAACGGCCAAUCAGCCGCGAUCUAAAAGGAGUAAACAGCCAAUCAGCGAGGAGAAGACAGGAACGUGACCAAUCUGGCAAUGACAUCCCUCUGCACCCGUCUCGAGUUUUUCCCUGUACUCAUGCAUAUCAAUGACUGUAUAUAAUGAAAUAUUUACCAGUUUCAUUUUCAGCCACGUAGAACAAAUCCCCAAACCGAGGCGGGUCCUUAAAGUAUUAAUCCAGUUGAUAGCCAUGAGUACAGGGGCACCGACGACGUGACGUUGCAAACAAAACAAACCAGGUUUUUAUAUUUUUCUUCCGUGUGUGUGUGUGUGUGAGUCUGCGUGUUCCGUCACCGCUGUUUCCAAUUCAUCUCGAAAUUUUCUGUGUUCAGAGGAUUUGAGGAAGUGAUCUGUGUGGCAUUAAAUCAUAUGGAGCCAAGAAACCCCCACGACCCGACCUGUAAGACUCAUGUUUAAAACAAGGAAAUAAAACAGUUGUUUAUA